AUGUUCAUAGCAGCAGCCAGACCAGCGCUCUUCCUCUCCUCUACGCGUCUGCAGCAGCCAUGGACCGGACUAAAGUGCACGCUAUGGAAACCCCCACCUGCUAAAUAUGGAGGGAGACACACAGUGACUUUGAUCCCUGGCGAUGGUAUCGGACCAGAACUGUUGAACCACGUCAGAGAGCUUUUCAGAUUCUGCUGUGUGCCUGUGGACUUUGAGGUUGUCAAUGUGAAUUCGGCUGCUUCCUCUGAGGAUGACGUCAAUAAUGCUGUUACUGCAAUCAAACGUAAUGGAGUAGCACUUAAGGGUAACAUAGAGACUAAUCACAACCUUCCUCCAUCUCAUAAAUCCCGGAACAAUUUGCUUCGUACAUCUUUGGACCUGUAUGCUAACGUGAUGCACUGUCAGUCUCUUCCCGGAGUCCCGAGCCACCACAGAGACAUUGAUGUCAUCAUCAUUAGGGAGAAUACUGAAGGAGAGUACAGCAGCUUGGAGCAUGAGAAUGUUCCCGGGGUGGUGGAGAGUCUAAAGAUCAUAACACGUGUGAAUUCAUUGCGGAUCGCUGAGUAUGCCUUUAACUUGGCCAGGGAGAAAGGUCGCCGCAAGGUCACAGCAGUACACAAAGCUAAUAUCAUGAAGCUGUGUGACGGCCUUUUCCUGCAGUGCUGUAAAGAGGUGGCAGCUGGAUAUCCUGAUAUCACGUUUGAUGACAUGAUUGUGGAUAAUACCACCAUGCAGCUGGUCUCUAAGCCCCAGCAGUUUGAUGUGAUGGUGAUGCCAAAUCUCUAUGGAAAUGUGGUGAGCAAUGUGUGUGCUGGACUUGUUGGAGGUCCAGGUCUGGUACCAGGAGUCAACUACGGCAAGGACUGUGCUGUUUUUGAGAGCGCCACAAGGAACACUGGGAAAAGCAUUGCUAACAAGAAUAUUGCAAACCCCACGGCCACACUGCUGGCCGGAUGCGUGAUGCUGGACCACUUGAAGCUUCACGCAUAUGCCAGGAUGAUUCGAAAGGCAGUUUUGAAAACUUUGUCUGAAACUCGGUUGCAGACUGCUGAUUUGGGAGGUCAGUGUACUACAUCUGAAGUGGUCCACUCCAUUAUGCAGGAGAUCCAGAGAGGAGGACCACGCACAUCAAAACAGAUCUGAACUUCAUUUCAGCAGGUUCUAGAGACCACACAAACAAUCCAAAUACAUGCCUAAUGCUUCUGUGAAAAACAGGUGAAAUACAGAAUCUCUAUGUUUAACAGUAUAAGUGUUAUAAUCAGGUUAAGUUAAAGCCUUUGUCUGAAGUGGCAUGGACAGGUUCUGUAUGAAUUUUUCUGAAUUUAUGGAUAUUUAUUGCCUGUUGUUAACUGAUGAUGCACCAAACACUUUCAUUAAUACAUUUCAUACAUUGUACAUCAAACUUUUGUUCAUGCCUCGAAAGACAUUUCAUGAA